GUUAAGAAGUCCAAUUAAUGGAUGCGCUACUGCAUAUAGAAGAAGAUAUGGGCUUACUAUUGCAUGUUCUUCGAACAAUGAAGAUAUAACAAUUAAAGAUUUGAAUAUAUUAGAGCAGGUCUGUGGAAGAUUUGAUAUCAUUAAAAUGGAAGCUAAUAAAACAAUG